CAUCUUGUGUAAUACAAAGCUCCCAAUGGAACCCAAUGGGGAAUAUUCUGCUCAUCAUGCAUAAUAAUGACAUCUAUUGGCUGAAUAUGGAAGCAUCAAUUGCACCGUUACGUCGUAUUACGAUGGAUGGUUCGAUUUCCGAUUCCAUUUACAAUGGAAUAAAUGAUAAUAUUUAUCGAGAUUUUAUAUUUGAAAAACCAACAUCAUUAUGGUGGUCGCCUUCUGCUAAUAGACAUUAUCAUCUAUGUUAUUUACAGGUGAACAAUAGUCAAGUACCAUUGUCAAAUGUAGUCAUUUAUGAUGACAAUGAUGGCUAUUCCACAAACCAUUACCGUUAUUCUACUCUUAACAGUUCUAUCGGUACGGCAAAUCUAUGGAUUAUUCGUAUCAAUGCACAAACAAAUGAAUACGAACAAGCUAUACGAGUACAGCCUCCUGAUCGACUUAAUCAGUGGCCACAUUAUGUAGUACACGUGAAUUGGCUUUCAAAUGAUCAAUUGAUCGUAUUAUGGUCAUUACGUGAUCAACGGCGAACGAUUCUUGGUUCCUGUAUUGAACGAAAUAAUUGGAAAUGUGACGAGCUUGUCACAUUAAGAAAUUGGCUACGAAUGAAUCAUGUGCCUAAUAGUAUAAUGCCUGCAUCAGCCAAACAUUUGGAUGAAUCUUCAUUAGCCACUGGAAUCAAUAGUGAAUUAUUGUUCUGUGGACAAACACCAGAGAAUGGUGUGAAAACAUUUUAUCAGCUUUAUUCAUUCAAUGUAAAAACAAAAGUAAUUAAUUCCUAUUUGAAUGUGGCCGAACGUUAUACCGAACAACGACAACAUUAUCAGAUAAUUGAACUACUUGGCUAUAAUAAUCAUUCAAAAUCAGUGUUUUUUGUUGGACAAUCAUUGAAUCAAUCAUCGAAUGAUGAAGGAGAAAAAGUGAUUUCCGAACAAGAUAUGCGCAUCAAUUUAUUCGUUUUUAAUCUGGAACAUAGCCUUGUACAUUGCAUUACCUGUCAAUUGAUUAAGUGUUAUCAAGCUAAACAUUUGAAUAAUCAAUCUGUCUGUAUUGAUUUGGCCAAUUCAGCUACAAUUAACGAGAAUGAUGCUGAUGAAGAAUCAUGUAUUUUUCAACAUGUUUACUUUAGUCCAUCAUCCGAAUAUGCAAUUGUUAGCUGUUUGGUUGGAAUUGUACCUAAAAUUUAUCUUGUAAAAUUUGGUGAUCAACCGGAUCUUGUUGAAAAUAUUAUGCUAUUUGAUGAUAAUUCUGAAUUAGAAUCGCGCGUACAGUCAAAAAUUAUGCCCAAUGUUGAGAAUUUCAUUUUUACUCGUGAGAAUGAUAAUUUAAUCAAAUAUUUUCGAAUCAAACUAUUAACACCGCAAAAUUUUGAUCAUGAAGAAAUUGGCAAAUAUUCAAUGCUGCUUGAAAUGUAUCCAUCACGUCAUCGUUAUCAUUAUCUACCAAAAACAACUAUAAAUAGUCAAGGUACAUUCCAUAAACGUAUCUAUCCGGAUUUAGAAUGGGCCGUACAUAUGGUCACCGAACAUGAUUUUAUUUAUGCGUGGCUUGAUGGGCAAUUCUAUCAAGAUGGCAAUCAUUCAUUACACGAAUUAUCAUUCGAAGAAUUAUUGGUAGAUUAUUCAACCUUGAUCGAUUUUAUUGUCACAAAUAUGACAUUUGUCAAUAUCGCACAAACCUGUCUUAUUGGCCAUAAUGUUGGCGGAUAUUUUGUACUAAAUUCUUUAUCGACAACAUCGAUCGAAUGUGGGAUUGCUAUAUCAUCGUUCGUCGAUUGGAAUACAAUCAAUAGUUUUUUGGCUGAACAAUAUAUUGAUGUGGAUAAAGUACGAUCAAAUGAUCUACAAUAUUUGCUCAAAAUGACAUUGAAUUGGAAAAUGCUCGAAAAUAAAAAUUUACUCAUCAUACAUGGAACUUCAAACGAAAUGUUUCCAAUCAGUCAAUCAAUGAGGCUGAUGAAAAGUUUAACAUUGGAAGAACAAAAUCGUUACAUUAAAUUUCAUCAGAAUCCAUCCCACGACGAUAUGGAUGAAAUGAAUUGGACAAGUCAUCAUUUCAUGGAAUUAUAUGUUGAUCAUGGAAAUUCAUUCGACACGUUAAUCGAACAUUUUUAUAGAAAGAUCGAAUUCUUUUUGUUCCAAUGGAUAAUAGUUUAACUUGAUAAUAAAAAAAAUCAAUUUAAAAAA